AUGUGGCUAACCAACGUUCCCGCGUCUACUACAGAUCAUCAGCGCCCACCAACUCAUUCCACCAGCGCGCCCGCCAUGGAGCCCAAAAUUAUCGACAUAACGGAAAAGUUUACAGCAGCAUGCAAUGGUCUUGAUGUUGGACAGCUGGUCAAGGAUGCGGUGUUUACGCUUUAUGAAUCGAUCGGGGCUGUCGAGAUCAUGGACCCCAAAAUGGACAGCGGGUUUCUCCAACCUGGCGAGAGUCUUGAAGACGAUUACGACCCCUUGACCCGGAUCAGUCCCGAGGAGCUCAUCGGCAUCAUGGACCAGCUACUCUGCUAUGAAAUGGCAUGGCACACUGGCUACCCUCUUUCCCAAACUCUAUUCACUUCCAUUCACAUCGAUCGGCUGCUUUGGCCCGAAGCAAAGGUUUUGGAGCAAGCCCAGUUUUACCGUGGAGAAGUAGAAGAGAGCAGAAGACCCGAUCUGCUGCUCGAAGCACUGAGAGCCUACUGUCUAGCGGUCGUGAAGAGCUGCGACUAUGUCAUUGCGAAAAUUACUUCCCGUGACUACUUCGAAGAAGAGGAUUUUUGCUCUCAGACUUACAAUCGUGUACUCUUCGUGCAGAUUCCGACCGAUGUCUUCGCGCGAGAACUAGAUGCUGUUAUUGAGGCUGUAGAAGAGAGUACUGAAAUCGACAAGACCCUUCAAUCAGCCAUCAUUCUCAGAUUAAAUGUACGCAAAACUUUGCUCUUGGCGUUGGACAUCGACCUUCCCCUUCCUUAUCUAGCCAUGUACUGGUUACCGAUCUUGAAUUCUCUCACGACGAUUGAGGAAACGCAUCUGCUAGGGAAGCCCGUACCCAGCGCAUUCAGCACAAAAAUCCAACGCCGCCUUGCGUCUACAGUUCCCCCACGUCCAAUCGCAGAAGUAGCGUUCAAAGAUGCUAUGAAGACAUUCAGGCAGCUCUGCACAGACUGUCAGGAGGCCACUCGCUUCAUCCAAAUCCCUAAGGAUCCUAUUGAAUACCAGUCAUUCUUGUGGACGUUUGCGACCAGGAACCCACCGCCGUUGCCAUAUUCUCGGUCUUAUCUAGGCACAAUCGCUUUUAGUCCCGAAAUAUUACAAUCCAAUGUCCCCCUCACCUUGAUAGAUAUCGAAUCUUUUGUGUUCAAGUCAGAAUCAAAGGUACUGGAUCCAUCGCACCGAGCACUAUCACCUCCUCUCAACCCACGCCUUCCAUACCCAUUGGGCCUCCAAUUAGUCAAUGUUAUCGACACAUUCUUGGACAGGGUAAACCCUGCAUACACGGAGCUCUGGAUUACGCUGUGUCAAAAUAGAUGUCGAAUAAGACGCAUGUUGAUACACGUAAUUGCUGCAUGGGACAUAUUACAGAAAGAAGCCGAGACUGCAGACGCAGAGCUUGCAACCAUAUGCCAGGCGAUGGGCAUCGCCCACGAGCUCAUGGACAAGCCGCUGACUACAUGGGUGUACAUCAGGAAACUAUGGAUGCUAGAGAAGGUUAUCUUGCUAGGCUUCGACCAAACGAUCUACAGACUGGACGAGAUGAGUUUCAUGUACUACUUCCUCUACAUGGUUGCUGAGCAGCGGGCCAGAUUGCUAGCCCAAUGCAAACAACAUGUCAUCGGUACUCCUCCGCCUUCGCCGCAAAGAUCCCAAUCACCGGCCUUAUCACUACCACUACGCCCAACGCCCUCCCAACCAUCAAGCCAAUCUCCAACGCAACCAGUCUCCGAAGAAGAUUCAACCCUCUCCGUCAUCAACUUUCCCCCAACAUCCGUACCACCGCCAAACUUCACCGCCUCUAUUAUAGACUCCACAUCCCACAUCGAACUAGAUGAUAGCGAAAACGCCGCGUUCUUGAGGAACUCGCACAGAAUAGCGACAGGUACUCUUGCCCUCGCAGCCGCUCUCUCCCGUCUCUACACCAUACUCCUAUAUCUUCGCGGCCCGAACAAAAUCUCACCCCUAAGCACCUCGUAUCUCCGCUAUGAAGCACGAAUGAAACCCUUCCACGCUCUUUCCUCACCACCAACCUCGUCUCCUUCGGUAUUCGAGAACUCACAGAAUUUGGCGGGAGGUGUUUCUUUAUUGCAGAAGGCGCAGGGCCUGGGCAAUGAUGUGUGGACGGAAAUGCAAGAUGCAACAAUGGUAGCUAUGCAACGUUUAAAUGACGCAACAGAAGAAGCAGCGAAAGGAAGUAAAGCUGAAGGUGUGAAGGAUGCUUGGGAUGCAGAGAUGAAAGGGCUUACUGAGACAUGCAUGAUUUUUGAUGAGAUUGCUGCGGAGAUGCGAGGGAGGCUUUAUGGGGAGGAGUCUGGCGAAGGGGUGAAGGGGAUCAAGGUUCUGAUAGAAAAGGAGGAUGGAAAGGAUUACGAUUGUUUGGGGUGGAUUACGCCGGGAUUGAAGUGGGAGAUGUGA